AAGCUCUCGAAUUUUCGUUGAUAAAAUCAAGAAACAGCUUCUGGGUUUGAUUUUCUGUGCUAAUUGCUGACUGUACUGGGUUGUGUAAAGAUUUGAUCUUUUUCGGUAAAAUGGAGGCGUCUCUGGUUGGAAGCUCUCAGGUGAAGAUUGGAAGAGCUGAAUUGGGGCAUAGGAAGUUUGGGUUUUGUAAACUGAGUGGUGAUUUGAGGACCCAGAUAAGCUUUUCUCAGAGAACCAGCUGGAAAAACGGCCGGCUUCAGUUUACUCUCCGGGCGGUUCAGUCUGAAUCGGUUCGACCCGUUAAAGCUCCGGGUUGGUCCAAAAGAUCCAAAGCGAAUGAUGGGGUGAGACUAUUGGUUGGGUUGCCGCUGGAUGCAGUUUCAGACUGCAACACGGUGAAGCAUGCCCGAGCAAUUGUGGCCGGACUAAAGGCACUGAAGCUAUUGGGAGUGACAGGUGUGGAGCUUCCGGUGUGGUGGGGAGUUGUUGAGAAAGAAGCCAUGGGGGAGUAUGAGUGGUCAGCGUACCAUUCUCUUGUAGAGAUGGUUCAGAAAGCCGGUCUUGAAGUCCAUGUAUCACUCUGCUUCCAUGCUUCUAAACAACCGAAGAUCUCACUGCCUGAUUGGGUGUCCCGCUUAGGGGAGUCCCAGCCUGGUAUCUUCUUUAAAGACAGAUCAGGGCAGCAAUACGAGGACUGCUUAUCACUGGCUGUUGAUAAACUUCCUGUUCUCAAUGGAAAGACUCCAAUUCAAGUUUACCACGAUUUCUGUGAAAAUUUUAAAGCUUCUUUCUCGCCUUUCCUUGGUUCCACAAUCACGGGCAUCUCAGUGAGCCUAGGACCAGAUGGUGAGCUUAGAUAUCCUUCUCAUCACCAGUUAGUCAAAAGUGGCAAAAUUCCUGGGGUAGGUGAAUUCCAGUGUUUUGAUGAAAACAUGCUUAGCAGUCUUAAAGAGCAUGCUGAAGCAACCGGAAAUCCUCUAUGGGGUCUUGGCGGUCCCCAUGAUGCUCCGAGCUAUAAUCAGUCACCGGACUCAAACGCCUUCUUCAAGGACCAUGGAGGAUCAUGGGAGUCAUCAUAUGGUGAUUUCUUCCUGUCCUGGUACUCAAACCAGCUAAUAUCUCAUGGAGAUCGUAUCCUUUCCCUUGCUUCUUCAACUUUUGGUGAAACAGAAGUUAAAGUAUAUGGCAAAGUCCCUCUAAUGUACUCUUGGUACAAAACAAGGUCUCACCCAUCCGAGCUGACAUCUGGGUUCUAUAAUACGUCCACGAGAGAUGGUUAUGAAGCAGUCGCAGAUAUGUUUGUGAAAAAUUCCUGCAAAAUGAUAUUGCCAGGAUUGGACUUAUCAGAUGUACAUCAACCGCACGAAUCCCAUUCUAGUCCGGAGUCAUUACUAUCCCAAAUUAGAAUGGUUUGCAGAAAGCAUGGGGUUGAAAUUUAUGGUCAAAACUCAUCAGUUUCAGGAGCUCCAGGAGGAUUUCAACAGAUAAAGAAGAACUUGUCAGGCGACAAUGGGAUAGACUUGUUCACUUAUCAGAGAAUGGGAGCUUAUUUCUUCUCACCUGAGCAUUUUCCUUCAUUUUCUGGAUUCGUCCGAAGCCUUAAUCAAAUAGAAAUGCAGUCAGAUGAUCUACCCGAUGAAGAUGAAGCUACUGAAUCUAUUCAUGUCAAUUCAGAAGCAGGAAUCCACAUGCAAGCGGCUUAGUAUGAAGUAGAAUUGUAUGAAGUAAAAUUGUACUCAUGUAAAUAUAAACGUGUUUUAUACUUGUUAUCUGAAGAGCAGACGGCGCAAAAUUGUAUAAGCCGAAGCAUUCCAAGAAUUGUAAGCUGAACCAAAAUACUAUUGUCAUUUGAGAAUCGAGAUAUUAAAACUUGCCUCA